CUCUCUCUCUCUCUCUCCAACUUACUUCUAAGCAGAUCAAAAACAAAAAUGUACAAAGUGAAAAAUAAUAAAUUGGGUUUUUGUUUAAUUCCGGUUUGAAGAUGGAAGCAGAAAAGACGAGAACAGCUGAGGUGAUGAUGAGAGAGAUGCCUGAGUUGAAGUGGUUUAAGCCUCUUGUCUCCUUUGCUCUUCUCUUUGUUAUUUGCUUCCUCUUCUAUUUUCCUGUAAAUAACCCCAUCAUGAUUAAGGGGAUCACCUCACGCAUUCUGGGAACUCAAUCUAAUGCAGAAUACAAUGAGCUAGCAACUGUAUUGAAGAGAGCUUCCAUGGUGAACAAGACUGUCAUAAUCACCACCUUAAAUGAAGCAUGGGCAGUUCCUGGCUCUGUUAUGGACCUCUUCCUAGAGAGCUUCCGAAUCGGAGAAGGAACGAAAGUUCUCUUGAACUACCUCCUCAUUGUUGCUGUAGAUCACAAGUCAUUUGAGUGGUGCAAGUCCAUACAUCCCCACUGCUACUCCCUCACUACCCCAGGAGUAGACUUUGCCUCCGAGAAAAGGUUCAUGACAUUAGACUACCUCAAGCUUAUGUGGAGGAGAAUCGACUUCUUAAGGACAGUUCUAGAAUUGGGCUAUAAUUUCGCAUUCACGGAUGCAGAUGUGAUGUGGCUCAGAGACCCAUUUCCACAUUUCACUGAUGAUGCUGAAAUUAGUAUUGCCUGUGAUUAUUAUCAAGGUAAUCCAACAGAUAGAAACAACAAAGCCAAUGGAGGUUUCAACUUUGUAAAAUCAAACUUGAAAUCAAUUGAGUUCUACAAAUACUGGUACAAGUCAAGGGUUCAGUAUCCGAAUUCUCAUGAUCAAUCUGUCUUCGAAAUGAUAAAAAAUGAUAAGAAUGUUAUCACCAAUGGGUUGAAGAUUAGAUAUUUAGACACUAGCUACUUUGGGGGAUUCUGUCAGCCAAGUAAGGAUAUGAACAAAGUUUGUACAAUGCAUGCAAACUGCUGUGUUGGAAUUGAGAAGAAGCUCCAUGACCUUAGACUUGUUCUUGAAGACUGGAGGAACUUCACUGCACUGCCUACUGAGAAGAGAAGAUUGGUUGGGUCUUCUGCUAUUUGGAGAGCUCCAAGUGAAUGCAAGAUAUGGUGAAAAGUUCCUGAAAUUAGAUAUAAAGGAUUAUAAACAUGGGUUAAGUUUUCCUUGUUUAUUUUGGGAAACCAUCCCCAUGAAAAUAUACUAAAUAGCUCACUUGGGUGCUAGAUUGAUGGAUGGCUUUGGUCUUAGUUAUGUUUGUUUCCUCUGUACCAAACCCCAAUCAACUGAUACAAAACCCAUGAUCUAUUUCUACCCUCUGGAAAUCUUUCAUGGCCUAA